UUGUAAACAGUAUGUCAAAGAAUGAUUUGAUUCAGUGGUGAGGCAGCCAGAUAUUUGCAUGUCAUGAGGUCUAAGGGAAACAAACUGACCCUCAGCCUUCCCCCAUCCAGGGAAAUUCUGAUGGGACCCUCAAAUAGCUCUGGCAAAGUGUUCUGUUUCUUUUGGACUUGAUGGAUGCUUGUUUCUGUGAAGACGUGUAAUUAUUUCUUCCUUUAUUUUGCUGCGCAAGUUACUGAGAGAAGCAGCUUAAAACUAAAUAUCACGUGGAGGGCCCCAGCAGGAUGAACAGAAGCCACACAGACUGUCAUUUCUGCCUGCAGUCUCUCCGUGGCAGGAAAUACGCACUAAGAGAAGAAAAUGCUUACUGUGUUCCAUGUUACGACAGCCUGUACGCCAACCCCUGCGAAGAGUGCAAGCAGCCCAUUGAGUGCAACUCCAAGGAUUUGGCCUACAAAGGCCGCCACUGGCAUGAGGGGUGCUUCAGGUGUGCCAAGUGCAGUCGCUCACUUGUGGAGAAACCAUUUGCUGCCAAGGACGAAGUAUUGCUGUGCACUGAGUGCUACUCUGAUGAGUAUUCAUCCAAGUGUUUUCACUGCCAGAGGACCAUUAUGCCUGGUUCACGUAAAAUGGAAUUUAAGGGAAGUUGCUGGCAUGAAUCCUGUUUCGUUUGCCAGUAUUGUCGGCAACCAUUGGGAACCAAACCAUUAAUCACAAAAGACAAUGAGAAUUACUGUGUGCCCUGUUUUGAGAAGCAAUUUGCUCACCAUUGCUAUGCUUGCAAAAAGGUUAUAACUUCUGGAGGAGUGGCCUACCACGACCAGCCUUGGCAUGAAGAAUGCUUUGUGUGUGCUGUGUGCAAAACUCAGCUGUCUAGGCAAAGAUUCAUUUCCAAAGAUGAGUACCCAUACUGUGUAGACUGUUUCAGCAAAUUUCAUGCCAAGAAGUGUGCUGCUUGCAAGAAACCUAUUGCAGCUCUCGGAGGUGCCAAAUACAUCUCAUUUGAGGAACGUCAGUGGCAUGGGGAAUGCUUUAGCUGUGCAAAAUGCUCUGUUUCCCUGGUGGGCAAGGAAUUCCUCACUCGGCAGGAUGACAUCCUCUGCCACAGAUGCGGCUCUGCUUCAUAGUCUGUGGAAAGCUCUACAGCUGCAGUAUUCUCACUCUGUAGCAAGGUAGUUCAUUGGUCUACUGUAAGAAAACCAGAUAAAAGGUACUACAGUUAUUUUGUCAUUCAAGUAACUUUCCAACAGCAGUUUAACGUCGUAAUUCUCAACUGCUUAUAAACAAAAACUAAUCAGCUGCCCCAUAUUGGUUAAUAAAACAAUGCAGAAAAGAUUUGUAUAUAUUUUAAGCCUAACUGCAGUAUGUUUUCCUUGUAACAUACUGCACUCUGCUGUUAGAAGCUUAAAAAUUUAUCUUUUAUCACCUCUGAACUAAGAAGGAUUGUGAAACGUUUGUUUGGCAUAUGAAUAAUGAUGAAGCAUUAGCACUGAUUCACAGAUGCAGAUUUUGGCAUGGAAAGCUGGGAACAAGCAUUUUUCUCUUCAAUCAUAACAUUGAAGUGAGCACCUUGUAAAUAUUAUAUUCUUCCAUACUUUGGGCAAAAAAGAUGCUGACAAAGCAGGCAGAAAUUGUGAGUAGGAGAUGCUUCCACAUUGAGGAGCACAGAAAGGCCCAUUCCAAGGGCCAAUUCAACCGGCAAAAAGGUCACUUACCUUCCCUUACUGGGAUUGCUACCCAAAGAAGUCACCCUAAAUACUACAGCACAGCACGGAUCCUUUCCCAAAUUUGGGUGACUGUACUUAAUUUUUUAGGCGUAGCUGCUCUAGAACAUAAAUAAACCCUAAACCCUAUUUACGUUCUAGUUGCUCUAGAACACAAAUAUUUUCAGCUACUGCAAGAGGUAAGGAAUGCCCAAGAUUGAAUAGUGCUGAUGUACAUUUUCCCAUAACUAAUAUGCCUUAAGACACUGUUUUUGCUAUGCCUUCAAAUAUAGGUCCAAAACAUACUUUCUUUAUUAGUUGACUCAAGAGCCAACUCAUAGUGUUCCAUUUAACCUUGUCCUUUCCUUCAUUAAAUAUUGCUUUGCCAGCAAUUGAAGCCCUGUUAUGUGCUUGGUCUUUGAUUCACAGUUCACUCCUCUGCUUGUGGACAGCAGGCUAUCAACUGAACCAAUUCCUGAUUCAUUUCACCAUUAGCCACAUGUGUUUUUUAACAGUAUGUCAAGAAUUAGUAAUUGUCAUUGCAAGCCAGACAGCUCUUUCUUGCAGCACAGGGCCUCAGUUUCUAAGUAGCCAGCCUUUAUAUCUGCUUGCUGAGCUCCAGCACUCAAAUGUCUACUCUGAAAGGUCACCUAGAGCUGAGUCACAAACAUAUGUCUGCCUCCUUCUUCCACAGUGAGUGUUGCAGUGGCCUGGUUCCUGUGCUGGGCCAUUGUGGAUGGAGCAGUGGUGUUAGGAAUGGCAGGCUCUGCACUGUCCAGCAGAGUUUGAGUCUCAUCUCGGAUGUCUUUAAGUCAUUUUUCUUCAGACUCUGACCUUGAGAGCAUAGGGUUAUGUGGUUGGCUUGAGUGGCCUUUAUUCAUAUUGAAGACAGCCAUUAUUUUAGGAAGAAAAGUGGAAAAAAAGGAAGAAUAUGUGUACAUUGCUAAGCUAGAGCCAAGUGCAGUGGCAUAAAAUCAAUAUAGGUAAUGAUUGACCAAUGAGUACAUAGCAGUGUGUUGUCAGUCAAUAAAAUAUUGAUCUUUUGCUCUAUGUGGUGUUAAUUUUUGGUUUUCAUUUUCUUCUUUCAUCACAGCUUUUAUUGCAGUCUAGAGUUUGAUUAGUUUAUGUUUUUCAUUUUAUCCCAGCUGCUUCCUUUUCUAUUUACACAUCUCCCAUGACUGACACAGGUUCUUGGUAAGGCUUAGAUUCUCAUAAAUAGAAAUGUGCUUCAUUGCCUUAUAUGUAUAAAUAUGUAUCUAUAUAUACACACACAAAACAUGGUGGUUCACAGUUAUUUAUGAUGUUCUAAAAAUUUGCACUGAAAUAUCAGAAAUUAGUAAAUGCUAAUAGUCUUAAAAUUUUAAAUUAAAAUGAUG